ACCGAGUGUGGGACGUCAUCUAUAAUCAUUUGACCAGGAGGUGCCACUGGUAUUCACUGUGUUGGUCAAAGCAUCGAGUAAUGAAUCUAUUUUCGACACAAUUGGCUGGAAAACCUCAACGCUUCAGGAACCUUCGUUUCCCCCCCGCUAGAUGUACAUACAGAAUAAUACGAAAUGCUCUGAGACCAGGUUUACAAUAUCAACCUUUGUUCAGCACUGAAUGUCUUAAUGAUAAAUAAAUAACUUUUAGAUUUUACCUCGCAGAUGAAUAACUUCCUAUAUCAUUCCGGGGCAGUGUGGUGGGGGGUAUAGAGGUCAGAAAACUGAGACCGACUCCCCGUUUACCGAUUCGGUUUCUCUCCGGUGCUGCUGCUGCAUCCCGGGGGACAAUGUGACCCUGUACGGAUCACCUUCACUAGCUAGUUGGAAACCAUUACGAAGUUAGUCGGUCGACGUGCACGGUUGAGUGAGCUAGCAUUUCAAGGGAGCGUCGCCUGCUGCAGCUUGCCACAACAGCGGGAGCUCCAUCGAGCCAUGCGACAGUGGUGCCUCCCGGCUGCGGCCCCGCGAACCGAACCGAUGCCCACAGGGCGCCUCUCACCCCCGCUAUCAGAUGUCAGGAUGGAGUGUUGUGAGGUGGAGCCACGCUACACCAUCGAGCAGAUCGACCUCCUCCAGCGCCUCCGUCUCUCAGGGAUGACCAAGCCACAGAUCGUCCAGGCCUUGGGGUCCCUAGAGCGACUAGACCCCGACCACCGCCCCCCGUACUGCAACGACACCGCCACCGCCAACCCCACCACCAACACCACCCCUACCACAGCCUCCGCCCCAGCCCCACCCUCCUCCUCUUCCUCCUCCUCCUCCUCCUCUUCCUCCCUCUCCUUGGCAUCCGCCACAACGCAGACCCCCGGGCUGGACGGUGCCUCGCUGUCGCCUAGCAACAGCUACGAGGCCUCUCCCCCGCCGCAGUACCCGCAUGGGGUUGGAGUUCAGAAGUCGUUUAGCUAUGACAUCAUGGCGGAGGAGGACUGGGAUCUGGAGGAGAAGGUGGAGGAGUACAUGAGGAGGGACAGUAACCUGGUGAAGGAGGAGAUCAAAACUUUCCUCAACAACCGCAGGAUCUCCCAGGCCAUCGUGGGACAGGUCACAGGUAUCAGUCAGAGUUAUAUCUCCCAGUGGUUGCUGCAGCAGGGCUUGGAGAUGAGUGACUCCAAACGCAGAGCCUUCUACCGCUGGUACCUGCUGGAGAGGAACAACCCAGGGCUGAGAUGGAGUGAAAGCCAGCACGGCCCGGCGGGUCUGGGAACGGGGCUCAGUGGUCUCGGCCAGGGGCUGGGCCAGAACCCGGGCUCUGGACCCGCCAGGGGAGGGGACAGAGACAGAGACGUCACAGGGAUGGUGGGAAAUGCGACUACGGGCGCCACAGCCGCGGCCACGGCCGCCACCACCUGGGGCAGACAGAGAGAGCUGCUGAUGCACCUUCUCCCAUGGUACACUGCUGCCGCACAGCAGGCCCAGCCAGGUGCUACCCUGUCGAUGCGCUCCCUUGUGAAGGAGGAGCCUGAUUGGAGGACGGGGGUCAGCCCCGGGGAGAGGGGCGGGGUGGUGGGCGGUCCUCUGAGGCUGCGGAGGGGAAGCAGAUUCACUUGGAGGAAGGAGUGCCAGUCAAUCAUGGAGAGUUUCUUUAUGGAGAACCAGUACCCUGAUGAGGCGAAGAGAGAGGAGAUCGCUAACGCCUGCAAUUCAGUCGUCCAGAAACCUGGAUGCAAGCUGUCUGAGUUUGAGCGUGUCACGGCUCUGAAGGUGUACAACUGGUUCGCCAACCGCCGGAAAGAGAUGAAGAGACGGGCUAAUAUAGAGGCAGCCAUCUUGGAGAGUCAUGGUAUCGAGGUUCCCAGCCCGAGCUGUCAAUCCAACGGGGAGGAGCUGGAACCACAGGACUUUGCAGAGCAAGUGAAUCAACGAUUCAUAGAGCAGGAAGAGAUCUCUUCCAGGAAGGACCUUGAUCUACAAGACCCCUCCUCAUUGGCUGCCGUCGAGGUCCUUCCACCUCCAAGCCCCGCCCCUCAGGUUCUGGAACAGAAAGCUGACGAAUCGAAAAGGGAGACGGUGGACGAGGAGUGACCAAUGGGAGAGCGUGGAUUUGAAUAUAUAACGGCAUAUAACAAAAAAAAGAAUGGCCGCUCUGAGUGUCCUCAGGGGCUAUGACAGUCAGUGUUAAUAGUUGAAAAGGGUGCUACAGCUCUCUCCGGUGCCUCUAGUGGUAGGGAGGCCACUGUCUAUACAGUAAUCAUGCUUUAUAGUAAUGCCAAUAUUUAUCUCUAGCUCUCUAUAUAGUGCAUUCCAAGACAGUCUUAAAACGAAAGAGAACUCCUUAGAAGGAAUAAGGGGUGUAAAAGUGGAUAUAUCUCCCCCUCUAGAAGCUAAACGGCCUUUCUUUUUGACAUUUUCUUUGCUACGUGCUUUUUAAAGGUUUUGACGAGUGGUUGCGUAAUAAUGGACUGGAGUGAGAAAUGAAUGUUUUGAACCUGCAGGUCAGGUGUGUUUGGUAAGGUGAGACAGGUGUGUCUGGUUGAGGCGAGCGAGGUGGGUUUGGUUGAUCUUUUGGUGUGACGAUGGUGUCAAUAUCAACGUGAGGAUGCCUUCUCUGCUUUGCUUGAGUGUCUUUGACCCGAUCUUAGUAACCUGGUUAGACUUUGGGAUCAUUCAAGUAGUCCGGUCAGUGUUUAGAGUCCAACCCUGAGGGACAAAUGGAAUCUCAGGUAAACCCAAAGACGGCGGAUGAUGAUGAUGAUGAAUCAUCCCAUGUUUCUCUCUAAUAAGCUCGUUCAAAAGGAAUGUUUCAUAUAUCACAUGUUGACUGUUUAUGCAAAAACAUGAACAUCUAUAUCUCUGUCUGUAUUCUGUCUAAUUGUAAUGUCAGCAAGCCAAACUAGCCCAGAGUUUGAUUUAUUAUGCUUCCUUAUGGUUGUCUUUCUUCCUCAACGAAUGUUCAUUGAUCAAAUUAACAUUAUUAUGUAUAAGGAACAAACUAAUAAUAAUCACUUACUUAUGUCCCUUUCUGUUAUUGACAUGAACCACUCAAGUCCUCCAAACCCGUCGAGAGAAGCUAGACUGUUCUCAAAAGUUGUCUGGUUUGAGUUCAAAAAACAUAAUCUUCUAGGCAACGUAAAAUCAUUAUUGUUAAGGUAGUUAACCAUGACUUGUAAUGCAUCUGUGCUGUAAGCACCUCCUCCUUUUACAAUAAGCUCAUCCUUAUGUGUCUCUAUGUACUGAUUGACUGAAAACGGCGCUUCCUGCUGAUUCCUUUAGUCCAUAUAUUUCCAAGAAGAAGAACACUGAACUUAUAUUAAUGUGCUUGCAUGUUCAUUUGAUGUCAGCUGUGUGCUCCCGGUCAUUAAAAAAAAAAAAAGAUUGCUAGCUGAUAAUGUAACAAGCAU